CUGUCACUGACACAUGUAGAGCACAAGCGACAAGCAACGGCGAGACAUCAGCGCAAGAGGACACUUAUAAACAGAGGCGCUCGCUUCAUCUAUGGAAAUUACGGAAGACAUUGCCGAACGCUCGUUUAACAAAACCGCAGCCGAUCUUUCCAGUGAUAACCAGAAUAUCUGAAAAGGUGACGGCAACAGUGGAAAUACAAUCUGAAAACUCCAUUUGCUUGACUCUUUCGCAGCAGUGAGAAGUAUUCAUGCACGCCGCGCUCCGUUUGUGAGUUUGUUGGACUGUGCGCGAUAUUUGUAUUGUCUAUCGAGAAAAAACAGACUGCUGUACAUUUCUCACCAAACAUUCAACCAUUGCAUUUCAAAUAGACACAAUGGUGAACCCUGGAGGAAGUGCCCAGCCCCCACCUGUUGGAGCGGGAUCUCUGUCGUGGAAGCGCUGCGCGGGCUGUGGGGGAAAAAUCGCAGACCGUUUUCUCCUGUAUGCCAUGGACAGCUAUUGGCACAGCCGCUGUCUGAAAUGUUCCUGCUGCCAGGCCCAGCUCGGAGAAAUCGGCACAUCCUGCUACACCAAGAGUGGCAUGAUCCUAUGUAGAAACGACUACAUCAGGUUAUUUGGGAACAGUGGGGCGUGCAGCGCGUGUGGUCAGUCCAUCCCAGCCAGUGAACUGGUUAUGAGGGCACAGGGAAACGUGUACCAUCUCAAGUGUUUCACAUGUUCCACUUGCCGGAACCGGCUGGUCCCUGGUGACAGGUUUCACUACAUCAACGGCAGCUUGUUCUGCGAACACGACAGACCCACAGCACUCAUCAACGGCCAUUUGAGUUCACUGCAGACUAACCCUCUACUGCCUGACCAGAAAGUGUGUUAGGAUGUGGGUGUUGCUUAAAGCAGGAUGUGUGCCUUCAUUUCAGCCCCUCGCUCAUUGUCACCGAAGACCUUUUCGGAUCGGACCCCAUCCCACUCCUUUUCUCAAAGCUCCGCUAUACUCCGAAACCAGAGCGCCAAUCUCAGGCUUGAGCUCCACCUUGACCUGCAAUAGCCAGAGCCCCCCCUUUUCCCACCCUUUACUCCAAACUCCUGAAUCAUGGAUAGAAAAUACCCAUGAGGCCCUGGAGGGGGAAUACUGAGGACUCUAUGAACUGACCCAGGCGAGACCUCUGAUCCUGAGGGACUCAAAGACUGACACAGAGAGAGACCAGCUGGAGGACAAGAGAAAAAAAGAGAGACAGAAAGGGUGAAAUUUAAAAUGACAAAUGCAGCUGAUCCACUACAGCGAUUUUUGAAUCUGCUUUCAUAACACUUGUUUGAAAAUUUAGUGGGGGAAUAACUGACUUUCUUUUUUCCUUUAUAUUUUUGUCCUACCUUUGUCUAUUCUCCUUUUCUUCACAACAUGGUAUCUUCUCUUUCUAUAUUUUAGAUGUUGUAAAGGGAAUGUGUUUCAUUACGGAUGAUAUAAAACAUCCUGAAGACUGGGUUCCAAGAAGUAUCCGUGGCUUUUUUGUGGAAAUCAAAUCAUGAACACUCUUGGUGUAUUUGUAAAACUACCAUGUACAGUAUGUAUGCAUGUAAAUGUUUUUGUCCCAUUGUGGCUACCGUACAUACUACACACAGCAGCUAACCCUGUACCCUUUCCCUCCAACCCCAAACCACGCAACAAACAAAAAAUGAAGCUCAUAGCUGUCGACCUAUAAAUGCAGAAUGAGAGAGAAUUCUAUUUGUGAUAUUUUCAGAGACAUUUGCUCCAAUAUGGUGUAUUUAAUUAAUAAAAAAUGAGAUUAAAAACAACCCUUUUUUAAUCCUAUUUAAAUCUUUCUGUGUCACAGAUUCUUAAUAUGCAAUUUGGCUGGCAGCUCGUCUGAAGAGUUUGUUUUUAUGCUCAACGAAGUAUGUGGACUAUGUUUCAAGCGCAGUGAAUUUACCUCGGGUUAGGCCUAAAUCUCUCGCAGGUGUUCGUCUCUGAAAUCGCUCAAUAUGAAUUAUGUACAGUAUCUGAAAGAACCAAUUUUCCAUCAGGAGACCAAAGGAUUUGUAUGAUCUCGGUAAUUCAUCUUGUCGAGCUUCUCUUGAGAACGGAGCUCAUUAGCAAAACUAUGCUUUUUUUUUUUUUACAAACCUCCCUAAAUGCGGCGCCAUCUCUCAGUCCCUUAAUUAUGUCCAUCUAUGUUCUUAUGCCGUAAUUAUGAAUGCAGAUGACGGGGUGGCUAAUUGAACAUGGAUAAACAUGUAUACUUUCUUCUCUUUUCAUAUGAACAUGCUAUUCAUUCCACGGUCCUUGUAGCGGACAAGGACAGGGGGUGGAAAUGCCCCUUUGAAGAUUCAAUUACCGCAGGGGGAGAGAAAGGUGUUGCAGCUUUUUGGGCCCGCACUGAAUGGGCUAUUUGCAGAACAAAUCGGCGUUUGAAGCUGUUGCUCGACUUAAUGGGUAUGAAGAGGGCCUGAUUUGCAUUCCCAGAAUGCUCUGCUAUAAUCCGCACUCAGUUGUCAGACAGGUGGACAGGGAGCACGGUGACAAUCUUUCAUCAUAUCCAUCACUUUUUAUAGUAUUUUAUUACACCCUGUGGCAAGGUCUAAAACUACAUAUUUAUAGAAUUUUAUUUAGCUCAUACACUCUUAAAAAUAAAGUUUUUUUUUUUUUUUUUUUUUUAGAAGAAUCACUUGGGUCCUCAGUUUGAAUGGCUAUUGAAAGUUCUUCAUGAAACCAUACACUUUUGAAAAUAAAAGUUCUUUAAACGGUUCUUCACAGCGUUGUAUGCCAUGUAAGAACCAUUUUCGGUUCCACAAAGAACUAUUCAGUCAAAGAUUCUUUAAAGAACCAUCUUUUUCCUAGCUUUUUAUAAUCUGAAGAACAUUCUUUUGCCACAAAGAAUCUUUUGUGAAACAUUUUGUGAAUAUUCUGUCAUUAAUCACUUAAUUCAUUAAUCACCCUUAUGUCGUUCCAAACCAGUAAAAGCUUCGUUCGUCUUCGGAACACAAUUUUAAGAUAUUUUGGAUGAAAACCAGGAGGCUUUUGACUGUCCCAUUGACUGCCAAGUAAAUACCACUGUCAAGGCCCAGAAAGGUAUGAAAGACAUCGUCAGAAUAGUCCAUCAGUGGUUCAAUCUAAAUUUUAUGAAGCGACAAGAAUACUUUUUGUACGGAGAGAAAAUAAAAAUAACGACUUUAUUCAACAAUGCGCCUCGUUUGCGUCACCGUAGCGUCACUGCGUACGCUGUUCUGUCAGCCGCACCACGAGGAUACGCUGUUUUUGUUCAAAUCAAAGCGUAUAAACGUAGAAGACGUAUCCUUGUAGCGUGGCUGACACCAAACAGCGACUCAGAUUAGACAAAAAAAAGUUUCCUCUAUGGCAUCAUGAAGCUUUAUUUUUAAAAGUGUAUAUGCAAUAACCUUUAUUUUUAAGAGUGUAGUUGAGGAGAUCUUGCUACAAAAAUGUUUUCAUCCAUAUACUUACUGACCUGAGAUAAAAAAAUGUGCAUAUUUGGGCAAAAUGUUCAACUGUAUAUGUUCAUGCUGAGAGACUCCCUCGAUUUUUCUAAAUUUCUGCCAAUUUUCUGCCAUCUGUUGCUCAAAAUGUGUUGAGGGAGAUGUUUAAGAACACCAGAGCUACAGUGUGAGAGCAGAAAACGUCUCAAUGCAUCAUGUACAGUUAUUAUCUGGAAAUACACUUUGAAUACCUUUAUUAAAGCAACAUGGAAAGUGUAGUCAUAACAGGUGCAAGGGUUUGCCUUUUUUUUCUCGGUGCAUCAGGAAUUCAAAUUAGCCAGUCUAAAUACACAGCCAUCUCCUAAGUGCUUUAGCAGAGUUUGCCUCAGUUGUAAAACUCAAGGAAUGUCUUUUGGUCUCUUUUGUAGAGAGAAUCGAGCUAAAGUACAUUUAAAUAACUCUCAACAAAGUGAUUCCAGAGGAAAAAUCAUAGAACUCCAAAGGCCUUUUUACAAAAGACGUGCGGUCUUUUUACGAAAGCGUAACAGUUGUCUGCUGAUCGGUACAAAUGCCCAUCUAACCUUCAAGUUUAAAUGUGUCCUCUUAGUUAUUUUUACCAUGUGCUGCCCGUAUAAUGUGUAACGGAUACAGGAUCUCCAAAAUGCUUUUAUGAGCAACAGGUGAUUGUAGUCCAACAACAGCUGGUGUUGGACAACAGCUCUCCUAUUAUCAGCCGUUAUAGUAACAGUUGUGAUAAUAAUUACAUUGGUUGUGAUGAUUAUAACAUAUUGUCAUUAUUUUCUAGAUAUAUUUAGACACAUGUCAGUAUAGUGUGCAUUACAGCGCUUGCAUACUUGAAAGGAGCUAGUUUGUUUCAGUGGAACAAAGGUCAGCCUCACAUCUGUUGAAGUAAUUUAGUGUUUUAACUGCAAACACGAGGGCCAUGUAUGUGACAAUUAUCUGCUAAUGUUAAAGCAAUUACAGGAGUAAAUUGAUCCUAAUAAAUGGAAAUGAAUUCAA